GCCUCCGCUCUUCGCUGUUUGGGCUGGGGGGAGCACGGGGCGCUUUGCUCCGGCAGCGCCUCGCUGGUUUUCUUAGGUAGUUCAGCCCCGCUGUCCCCAAGGAAGCGUUCGGGCACCUCUAUUUCUGUCACUACGAAGUCGGCGGGGGAGUUUUUGAUGGUGCCGCGGAAGCCGGUGUGUUCGGUCAGGAGCUGAGGAUGGGCGAGCCCGUGACGGCUUCUACGCUCGUCCGCUGCCUGAGCUACGGGCUCGUGAGGCGGCUGGCGGACUACAUCGACCCGCAGGAGGGCUGGAGGAGGCUCGCCAUGGAUAUAACAAAUCCGUCCGGUGAAGGCAGAUACAGCCAGAUGCAUAUAAGGAGAUUUGAGGCAUUUGUACAAAUGGGAAAGAGUCCUACAUGUGAGUUGCUUUUUGACUGGGGAACAACAAACUGUACAGUUGCUGAUCUUGUGGAUCUGCUGAUUAGAAAUCAAUUCCUAGCACCAGCAAGCCUGUUGCUUCAAGAACCUGUAAGGAUGCCACAAGAAGUUACAUUACCUCUUUCUUCACAGGAAACUUUGCCUAUACAUGAGAAACAACUACCUGUACAGGAAAAAGAAGCAGCAUCUAUAAAGCCUGUUUUAGCUCAGGGUACUGAGAAGCAACAUUCAGAUCCUUCCCACUUAAGUCAAAAACCCAGCAGUUCACAGUCCAGUAACACAGAUUUCCAUAAUUUUUUGUUUCAUGACUUGGAAAACAUUACAAAUAAUUUUGAUGCCCGACCAGAAUCAUCUGGAGGUAAUAAACUGGGAGAAGGCGGCUUUGGUGUUGUAUUCAAAGGCUUCAUCAAUGGCAGAAAUGUGGCUGUCAAGAAGCUCGUUGCUAUGGUCGAUGUUAGUGUUCAGGACUUGAAGCAGCAAUUUGAACAAGAAAUAAACAUGAUGGCAAAGUGUCAGCAUGAAAAUCUAGUAGAAUUACUUGGUUUCUCAAGUGAUGGUGCUCAGCCUUGUCUGGUGUAUGAAUACAUGCCCAAUGGUUCAUUGCUUGACAGACUUGCUUGUCUGAAUGACACUCCACCAAUUUCUUGGAAUACAAGAUGUAAAAUUGUUCAAGGUACAGCAAAUGGCAUCAACUUUUUGCAUGAAAAUAAUCAUAUUCACAGAGAUAUUAAAAGUGCAAAUAUCUUAUUAACUGAUACAUACAUACCCAAAAUUUCUGACUUUGGCCUUGCAAGAGCAUCUGUAACGUUCACACAGACAGUCAUGACUGAAAGAAUUGUUGGAACAGCAGCCUAUAUGGCGCCUGAAGCUCUGCGAGGAGAGAUAACACCUAAAUCUGAUGUCUUCAGUUUUGGAGUAGUCUUACUGGAAAUAAUAACGGGUCUCCCUCCAGUAGAUGAAAGCCGAGAGCCACAGUUACUGUUAAGUAUAAAAGAUGAAAUUGAGGAUGAGGAAGCAACUAUUGAGGAUUAUGUUGAUGAAAAGAUGAGUGACUGGGAUGUACCUUCAGUUCAUAAAAUGUAUUCAAUUGCUGAUCGGUGUCUGAAUGACAAAAAAAACAGAAGGCCAGACAUUAAGAUGAUCCAACAGCAUCUCCAAGAGAUUAAAACUUGACAUGUGUUUCUUCUGAUACACAAAUGUUUUUGUAAUGGAGUAGACACCAGUAGCAAAUAUUUAAUUAGCAAUUAAUGUGGCAUUAUCAGCUUUUCUGCUUUCCAGAACUUUCUGGACACAAGUAAGAUUGUGCUGUUGGCCUGUCCUCUUUGAGUUAACUGAGCAGCCCUUUCACAUAUCCUUAGCCACUGGGCCCUUCACAUGAGAACUUCUUCUGUGUUAACAAAUUGCAUCAUCUUCUCCACAGCUUUUUAAAUGCACUUCCAUAUUGGAAUCGAUUUGAUUCUUUUUAUUUCCAAGUUUCAAGUAUGUCUUCUACAAAGGGCAGACUUUGUAACAGGGCAGAAUGUUUUUUUUCUGCAAAUUGCUUUCUUGAUCAGGUGUACUAGAUGUUCUUCUACUGAAGACAAAACCAUAUAAUAGCUAUAAAUGGGGCUUAGUGUUGUCUUUUUGGGAAAAGACAAUAGCAUUACCCAUUUAGAACAAACUUCUAUUUAGGAUUUUAACUUGAGAGUCCAUAUGAGCACGAAUGGUCUGGUAGUGUUAGUGAAUGUGACUAUAUUUCAAAAAGUCUUCUUGGCAUUAGUAUUUAGUCAAAUAAAUACUGCAAGACAUUUUCUAGGUUGUUUUUUGAUUUCAGUGAUUCCUGAGCAAAAUAAUAAUCUUGCAGUGCAAAUGUAUUUGCACUUGCAAAUGCUUUCUUACAGUGAACUCUGUGAUGACAAACCAUUCCAUUUUUAUUCAUAGGAAGACUCUUAGCUACUUUGACUAUUUUAGGAGAGGAUUGAGUAUUUUAGUAUUUUAGGAGAGGAUUCCCUAUGGAUUAUAAAAACAGUUGAUUUCUUUUGUUAAAGUGGUUGGAAUUACGCUGUUAAGACCAAUUGUGCAUUUUCCCUAGUCAAAUAAUUAAGCUAUUUUUAAUAUACAUAUGCACACAUAUUAAUUAAAUAUUAAAAUACAUUUCUAAAAAUGGAAAGCUUUUUAAAAUAGGAACAUGGACAGAUCAAAGCAGACUAAAAAUGGAAUGAAAGUGACUAGUAAGAUUCCAGAUACUUUGGACCAAGUAUGAAAAUGAUACAAUUGAAAUAAAAGAUAAUAUUUUAUAUAAACCCAUUUUGCACCUCAUGGACUUUCUUGACAGCUCAGGGAUAGGAAAAUAGUCUGGCCUACAAUUAAAUUUGAAAUUCCAUGAUUAUCAAAGAUGUGACUGUAUUCAGGGAUAUAUAUCUCUUUGUAGAAAGCAUUUGAUUUCUAAUGUAUUUAUAUAAUGAAAUUUCUGGCUAUUAACUCAUUUUUGUAUUGCCUUUUCAAACUGAUAUCUUAAUGUGGAAAAAGGGAUCAACCUAAACUGCUUCUAGCAUUAUUGAGUAUACAUUGUAAAAAGCUGUUAACAUAAAUAAAAACUCUGCAUCACUGGAGAUGAUUCUUUCUGCUGUUAAAAUUUCUGAGCCUUGGAAAUAAUCAUCAUAUUCUGUUGCUUGCAUUUCUGUUAAUAACAUUAUGCUAACCUCACUUAAUGGAAUAAAGCUGUACAGCUCUGAACCAGGGCUUGUGGAGAAAAAAGCUGCUAUAAAGGUAAAUCACAGUAAAAUCUGAAGGCAUUUUUCAGUUUUAAACAUCUCCAGCUGUUAUGUGAAGGUUUCUUAUUAGAUCACGUCUGCUUUUACUGUUCCCUGGAGCUGCAAUACCUCUGUAGUGUUGUCCUGUAGUAACUCCCCCGUCAGCUCUGUUCACCUCUGGUGUGGUAGAACAUUUUUGUUCAUGCACCAACUGUGAUAGUCUUAACUAUUAGGAAAAUCUCAGCUACAAGCAUGUGAGUUCCUGUUCCGUCAUACUAGACUGUGACUAUUUGCAGUGCUGCUCUCAGCAACGAGGUUUUGGCAGUAGUUUUCCUUCCUUCACUGAAAAUGAAGCAUGUCAGCUACCGUUUCAUACAAUUAAAAAAAAGUUUUGAACUUGUUUAAUAUUAUUCUAGUGAGGAAUGAAAAUGUGAAGUGUUAAUUAGGUAAAACUAGUUAACCUAUGUGGUAACUAUAUUUUGUUUUAAAUACAUAUGGGGCAAGGAGAAGGAACUUCCCUUUCCCACCUCAGGGUUUUUUUUGAGGUCUUCAUACAGUAAAGCCAGCACCUAUAGACACAAAUGGGAUAAGAGUAGUCAACUUCUGUUUCCUUUGUUCCCUGGAAAAACAUUAAACUAUCCUAGAAUCCAUGAUUCUUUGUGUUAACUACUAUAGUAAAGCUUUCUAGGACACAAAUCAGUAACUUAAAGUCAUUCAAGCUAUUUGUGAGUAAGGGGAUGAUCUAGUUUCAUAGAACUGGAGGUGAGAGAAGUUGGGUACAGUUCCUGGUGGGUGAAGACAGCUCCACCUGGGAGGUGUUCUUGGGAGAGAGGGAGGCUAAUAUGGCUGGCCUAUAUCCUUUCUCAGUGGGGGAAGUGCCAUGGAGGGCAUUGGAGGAUCACUGUCCUCGGUGAAACAGCCAACCUUUUGCAGGUUAAGGAUCUGGAGAACAGUAACAUGAGUUAGUGACCUCUAGAAGGACGUAUGAAUGAAUGAAAAAAAGCAAGAGUGAUUUAUUGGAAUUCCAGGUAAGACUUUAGAAAACAACAGCAAGACGAAAGCAAAUGCUAAGGAUCCAAAGAAAGUUGUCUUUUUUAAAUAGAACCUGGUAGGAAGGGCAACAGUUCUCCCCUUAGAGCAGGAGGUAACAAUGGCUGUUGUGAGCCAGACCAGAGUUGUCUCCACAGCCCUGGGGCCAGAACGUGAGCCAUUAGUGGCUGCUGAGGAACAGAAGCAAGGACAGGAUACGUGUAUAGAGAUACUGCACUGGAAUAUUAUGGCUUUAGACAAUUUGCAGCUCAGUAACUCUGAAAAGGAAGUGAGGUCUUUGUUAGUUAAGACUAUUAAAUUUUCUUUGAUCAGUUUGUCCAGUUGCCUUUUGAGCCAACACACCUUUUACCAGACAUAGCGCUUCAUAUUACUAACGUGGUAAGUGCCUCAUCUUCAUACUUGGGUGGGCCAGCUUGGAGUUUAUUUACCACCCACUGACCAAAAGGCAAAUAAAGCUGCCUCUGUUUCUCCUGGUCACAUAGAGGCCUAGCCUCUUCCUUCCUCUUGCCUUGUACCUGCUCCUCUUACAGCUCUGGUUCUAUAUAGCAUUUUGCAUUAAAAUUAUCUCUGAAAUCCUA